AAAACCGACGACGACGUACGUUCGUUCCCUCGUGCGCAACUUUGGUAAAACUCUCUCCCUCUCUCUCAUACAACUUUCUUUCAUCGUCCCACUGAACCCACAAUCCCCUUCACAACAACCAUGUCUUUCGCUCGAACCUCGACCCAAGCCCUCAGGCUCCGUGCCGCCCCCGCCGUCCGUUCAAACCUCCGAACACGAGGUACCGGAUACCGAUUCAACUCGUCCAAUGCCGGACCCAACGCUCAGGCCAACAUGCACCCCGCCGUCGCUGGUGCUGCUGCCGGUGCCGGUGCCGCCGUCUUGAUCGGAUACGGUGCCUACAAGUACACGGGUAUCGACAAGGCCGUCGAGACCUACACCACCACCAAGUCCUACUUCAACAGCGCCACCGACAAGCUCAAGCAGGCCACCCCCGAGCCCAACCAGGCUCUCGAGGCCCUCAGGAGCCAGGCUUACCACUAUGCCGCUUUUGUCCCCGGUGGACGAGGAUACGUGGACACUGCUUUCAAGGACAUUGACGCUAUCAGGGAGAAGCACGGCGAGGAAGUAAACGCUAUCGUCUCGGACUCUUACUCUCAACUCAAAAAGGUCGCCGAGGAGAAGGGCUUCUCGCUCGACGCCGCCUCUCGAUCGUGGGAGAUCCUCCAAUCCUCGCUCAGCAAGAUCACCGACCUCGCCGGUGACGCCGCCGACCAGAUUCUCGACAACCACCCCAAGCUCAAGGAGCAGGUCGGUGGCUCGUUCACCCAGCUCAAGCAGAUGGGAGAGCAGUACGGUCCCGAGGCCAAGAAGCAGGUCGACGACGUCUACAAGCAGGUCACCGAGAUUGUCAAGGGAGGCGUGUCGUUUGACACUGUGAGCAAGAUCAAGCAGCUCGUCGAGUCCAAGCAGAAGGACUUGGCCAAGUUUGGCGACGCCGCCUGGAACAAGGGACUCGAGACCGCCAAGCCUUACCUCGACAAGACUCCCCAGAUCAAGGAGCUCGUAGAGAAGAACGCCGACGCCCUGAAGUCGGGCGACAUGGCUCAGCUUUGGGAAAAGAUCAAGGGUGGAGAUGCCGGGGACAUCGAGUCGUUCGUCAAGAACGCCGCCGACCAGGCCAAGAGCAAGGCCAACCAGGCUACCGGAGGUGGAUUGGACAAGUACUUGAGCAUGUUGCCUGGGUUGGGCGCUAUCGGACCCCACCUCUCGAAAUUGAAGGAGGUCGCCGACCACAAGGGUGACGAUGCCAAGGACCUCUUGGAGAAGACUUACAAGGAUAUCGAGGAGGUGCUGAAGAAGCGAGUGGGCGAGGCCGAGAAGCUCGCCAACGAGACCAAGAAGGAGGCCACCAAGUAGAUGCGGGAGGAAUAAUGAAACGCAAAGGGACCCUUAUUUGUAUCACACGUAAUGAACCGAAACAGAACAAGUCCGAGCAAAAAGAGGGACAGCGUGUUGCAUGUCACAGUAAUAGUAUUUGCAUGAAUUCGAGCUA